CAUGGAACGUCCCAUAUGUAAAUUCCACAAAUAUUUUUAGACAAUUCAUACCAUUUUUGGAAUAAUUAAUCAAAUAAUCACAUAAUCCAUGACCUAUGGUUUCUCAUUCAACUGUUUUUUGAAAGUUGAUGUACAAUUUUCAUUAAUUUUGAAUACCCUGCUGCAUCUUCAAAACAAAGCAGACGCAUAUGCACAGAACUUUUCAUUAUUUGUGGUGCAGCAUCUGCCAUCAUAGUUUGCCCAAGUAUUUUAGUUACAUAUCCCGUAUAUGCAAGAUUCGAGGCCUUUAGAUGACAUGAUCUAUUAUUACCAACAGCCUCCGUAACUAAGGAGAUCACUGAUUAUUACAACAAUGUUAUGAUCAGAUAUGUCGAGCUGACAUGCUCAAAAUAUUUAAACUUGUGAAUGUUUGAUCAAUACACAAAUCUAGUCUACCCCGCCUUACUACUGACAUAAAUGUUAGCAAAUGUAUCCCCUAAUUUGUACCUCAAACACACAAGGCCAUGUGGACUACGGUAUUCCAAUCGUUGCAAAUAAAAGUACAGAUUACAGAACGUCUACAGGAACUUAUCACCAAUCUAUACCGAGUGCUCCUGAAAAUUCCAAUUAUAGAGUGAAGGCAGACAUUAAACCCGAAUUAAAAGAAAUAGAUGUUACUAUUCGCGAUGACAGGAAAAGUGUUUACGGUAACACCUAUAUUCUACUGCCUCAUGAGACUGAUCCGAGAGAAACAUACAAUGAAAGAGCUCAAAGCCUGAGGAAAGUUCAUUACAUAAGAAAUGUUCAAGAAAAGAUAUUCCAAAAUCCUCCUCCACCACUUGCACCUAAAUUGUCUGAAAUGAAGGAUUCUUUUAGAACGAAUUACUAUAGAUCACGACUCAGAGAGGCGUUGGCACCUUCAUCAGAAGCUAAAUGUGAGAUAGAAGGACUAGCAAGACCUCUACAACCAGGUAUCCCUCCAGGAGAAAAUGGGUACUGGAAAUAUUUAGACAUUUAUAUGACUGAUAACAGACUGAGAUAUCCACCGUACACCACAAAACAGAUGGAAGAUUCAAAGGAAGAUUUACCGACAUUCUACAGUGCCUCCGGAAAAUAUAAGCAAUUAAAAAUACCCUUGCCAGGCCCACUGACUGGAAAUAAGUCUAUUUACGAUAAAACUGUUUUCAAAACACAAUUGCCACUCAGAUAUCUUUCGAGAGCUCUGAAAAAUGUUCCAAAUAUGAAAUUCAAAACAGAGUACAGAGGUUCCUAUAUUUCCCAAACAUAUUCAGACUUGUACCCUUACAUAAACACAAAUGGUGUUGAUUUUGGCGGAAGCUUAGCCGAUGCAGGACCCUGGCAGAAUCUAUGUCCACCCGGAAUGUACUGCACUGAUUAUUGCCAUAUAGGUACAGGCUGGCCUGUAAGGGCAGUUGUCGAUGUCGGACCGAAUGCACCUCAUGAUAGAACCAACAAAUCACAAACUUAGCCACGAUUUUUUAUUUAUGAUCUAAAUUUCGGUUUUAUUGUUUAUUCUUUAUUCACGUCACUAUAUAACGUGUCUUGUUUUUAUACCCCCUUGUAAGUAGUUUGGCCGUAAAGGUCAUCAUUUGUCUUGUGUAUAAAUUUCUCA